AUGGUGAAGAACGCAUCACGCUAUGCCUGGCGUAAGGGCAAUCCGGGCCGCUACAAGACGUUCCAGAUAACCAUAUCUGAGAUCAAUGAGGCUGAAGACCUACUCACCAAGGACACCGCCAAGGACACCACCGAGGAUGCUUGCGGACCAAUUGCCGACAAUAGACUCAACCUCAGGCUGGAGGCAGUGAAGAAGCAACUGAACAAGGUUGAGCGCCCGCUGGAGAACGUACAGGAAGAUCGACUGGCAGACUCGAGGGGAGACACUGUGACUCCGUUGAAGGAGGAAGACGAGGAGGAGGGAGAAUUACCCGAAGAUGAAUUAAGCACGAUGUCUCUCGUGGAAAAGAUGUCUCUGUUUGCGCAAUUCGAGCGAGAGCAAAGACUAGGUAAAGCGAAGGCCCACUCGCCACGGCACCCGCGUCGCAAGAACGCGCUACGCUCACAGACUCAGCCCGUCACCGUGUCAGAGGUCAAAGAGGCUGCCGUCCUCGCGGACGUGAUAGAGCGUCGGCAAACACCUGAGAAGCGUGCGAGUCCUGAGAAGCAGGUGGCGCCACCUGGCUCUGAGGAAGCAGGGACGACGAAGGCGCCGGAAGCCACCAGUAGGUGGCGUAGCGGUGCUGAAGCAGACGACAAUGCGUCCAGUGGUUACCAGGACAACAGCUCUAAGCUGAGCCUAGCCGAGAAGCUGCGGCUGUUCACCGCAGCCGCAAAGAGAGCACCGCACCGCCCCCUGGGGGUGGCACCGCGUCGGCGGCGACGGGCAAACGUGUCGCGAUUCUCGACUCAGCCGGUGACAGAGGAGGAGGUGAAGGAGGCGGAGUUCACCUUCAACCCACUCUUGGCUUCACUAGUGAAACCUCCAGAUGCUGGCAUCCUCUCCGGUCUUCCCAUUCGGGCAGCUCGCUCUCUUGCUUACACGAUGGCAGGACAGACUCUGGCUGGAUUAGCAGAUAAACGCACACGGAUUACAUCACAGUCCAACGAAGAAGAAGUGCUACCGUUUCCCGCAGAGGUAGACCCAGCAAAAGUCAAGGAAGAGAUAGCGAAGGUCGUCGAAGACAUAGCAAGGAUCGCGGAAAACCCAGCAGAUAUCAUCGAAGCUCCAGCACAGGUCUUGAAAGGUCCUUUAAAGGUCUCAGAAGCCGCAGCACAGGUCGUGGAAAACCCAUCAAUUGUUACAGAAGAUCUAGUAAAGGACAUGGAAUGCAUAGCAAUGGCUGCCGAGGACGAGUCAGGCAUCCUGAAGAACAAUUAUGAAGCUGGCUCUAUAGAAGAAAGAUCUGAACUGGUUGUAAAGAUGACAACAAUUUCAAUAGAGGAAAGCGAUGAGAAGAAUGGAAUGCAUCGUACGCUGAGAGAUGAGACACAGACGGAGAAGGCAGAGAUGAUGUCAGAAUAUCGAGCCGGGCCGACGUUAACGGAGUCUCGUCGUUGUGGCAGCAAGGUGAUGGAGGCGGACGACAACGAGGGGUCGCCACCGGCGACCAACUGCAGCACUCCGCUGCAGCAGAGGCUGGCUUUGCUCGAGAAGCAAGGAAAUGAGGGCUGGAAAAAACGGGUAAAGCAACCAGACUUGGGCUGCAUUACUAACGUGACGUUGCCAUCUGGAGAGGAAGUACCCGUUCAUCUCAGGGGAAAGAGUGUCAUCGAUCGUCUGUCUCAGCUCGAGACGUCACAGGAGGGCUGGAAACAGAGGCGGCCAGAGCGAGACAGUGCGCAGUUUACAGUCGCCGGCAAGAUGGGCCUGACCUUUGACACAAGCUCGCCGCCGACGACGCCUAACAGAUUGAGGAAGAACAAGAAAACGCCCCCGCAGAAGGUGUACAUGGGUAGCCGCCCGCGCAGUCAGACAGACCCGAGUGUGGAACUGAAAGAAGAAGUGAGAACACCGAUACGUAAGAGCGAUAGCCUUAGUGCAGCUGAUCGAAAGGUGAACAGCGAGAUUUUGACUCCUAUCAUGCCGAAAACAGAGGGCGCCACCUACCGUGUCGCCACCGCAGUGAAAGACGGCAGCACAUAUCAUACUUCGACUCCGCUGGUUGGCGCUGAAGACCCAGCGGCGACCCGCGUUGCCUUGCCGACCACCAAUGAUGACAGCUUUGAGAAGUUCUUCGUGAGCAAGCAGGAAGGUCAGAGGUUGUUGGAGCUGGAAGACAGCGACCUUGAUGCAGUGAAGACAGAAUCGAGUGACAGGCUACAGUUCGGGCGGACCGUGAAGCACUACGAAAGAAGCUGGCAGUCGGAACCCGUGAGGGGCACUACAGCCCGAGUGACCUUCAGCUGA